AUGUUCCUUAGAAUGGAGCCGAUUCCAAAACUUCUAGCUGGACUUAUCCUGCUGACUCUCUGUGUGGCGGGCUGCUCCAGCCAGCACUGGUCCUACGGGUUGCGCCCCGGAGGAAAGAGAAAUGCUGAAAAUCUGCUUGAUUCUUUCCAAGAGAUAGCCAAAGAGGUUGAUCAACCAGCAGAACCUCAGCGCUUUGAGUGCACCAUACAGCAGCGCCAUUCUCCACUCAGGGACCUGAAAGGAGCUCUGGUGAGUUAACAGUGUUAAUAACAUGGAGCUUUAGAGACGGACGGGCCCUGGGUACCACCACUUUGGUCAUCCACUUAGGACAACCAUCUCUAGCUACUGCAGGGCUUACCUUUCUGACUGCCUGAACUCCUCCUGU